AUGCGGAACGACCGCAUAAAUGGUCGUGCUGCUGCUGCGUUGCCGACCUCCAGUAACGCAGGAAACAGCAGCAGCGAUAGAAGCAGAAGCAAAAUUGCCGCCAUCAUGGUCGCUUCUUCCCUCGGCGUUCUUCUCGUGGCCGUCCUGCUGGGCGGUGCGUCGCACAUCGCCACUGCCGCCCCGGUCGAGCUCGAGCUCAACGUUACAGCCCUGACCCCCGGCACCAUCAACUCGGAUUGGACCGCCGCCUACUAUCCGAAAUCCGGGGCUGCGCCAUUAUUGCUUGCUAACGACGCCGGGACCACCACGGGUGGGUUCCGCGUCUUUAAUCUCGACGGCGCCCCGACGUUGAGCCAAACUGGCCAUGUCGUCACCGGCAGGACGAAGCUAGUCGCCCCAUUAUACAAUAUUAGUGGAGCCGAAGAUGACAUCCUCGUCACAAUAGCGACAACCGACUCUGUUAUCCGUCUGUACUCACUACCGGACUUAGCGCCAGUCCCGGUUGCCGAACCGCUCGUCGCCCUAGGCGAUUGGAACGCUGUUUGCUCGUGGGGCAGUUACUUCUUCCUUUUUGGCAAGGGCGGUCGCGCGUUUCAAUACCUGGUCCGCCCGGUGGACGACGGGAACUUCGAAGUUCUCGAGGUCCGCGCUCUGCCUGCCCCCGUCGUCUUUGUGGGCUGCGCCGUCUCGUAUCGCGAUGCAAAACUCUACCUGACCGAGGACGUUGACCAGGAUGUUUACGUCAUGGACGUUGGCGAUAUAUCCGGCCAGCCCACGCUUGAAAAGGUCGAGGGUGUCAAGGACGCCACCGGCAUUGCUCUCUACUCCUCAGCCGACAAAGAAUACGUCUUCGUGGCACAGGAGUCCCAACUGGCCGUGUACGGAGGCAACUGGACCCACCUCGGUACAGUCCAGCUGGCGGGCCUAGACGACAUUGAAAUCCAAGGCCUAAGCAUAUAUCAAGCGCCGACCACCACCCACCCAUCCGGCGCUGUCACCUUUGCUAUCGAAGCCGACUCCACUGAAGGUUUCGGCACCGCAUCGCUGCAAUCCAUUCUGGACGCGCUGUCGAUCCCAUCCAACACGGCCUACACCCCGCGUAGCGAACCCUUUGGCCCGCGCACUUGUGCCCGCUGUUCCAACAACGGCUUCUGUCCGACAGUUGGCUGCCCCAAAACCUGCACGUCCUGCCUGCUCGGCUUCUCGGGUCCGACCUGCUCCACCCCGCGCUGCGAGGCUGACUGCUCCGGACACGGGUCGUGCGUUGGCCCGAACCGGUGUGCGUGUGACGCUGGCUGGGGCGGUCUGCACUGCUCGUUCGUGCUGGUUGAGGCCGACCGCGAGACGGACGCGGCUGGUGGCGACGGAGACGAUCCUGCGGUCUGGAUCUCGCCAGUUAGCAAAGAUUUGUCGCGCGUCAUCACCACUGUCAAGUCUGAGAAAGGUGCUGGGCUGAACGUGUUCGACCUCGAGGGCAAAAUCGUGCAGCAGUUCGCAGCUGGGCAGCCAAAUAAUGUCGAUGUUAUCUAUGGGUUUCAAGCUGGCGACAGGGUUGUCGAUUUGGCUUUUGCCGGGUGUCGAAGUGAUGACACGUUGUGCCUCUUCGAGAUAACCCGCAACGGCACCAUCACCACCAUCCCAGGUGGCAUCCAACCACUCCCCAAGGGCUACAAGGUGUACGGGUCCUGCGUCUAUCGGUCUCCCAAAUCCAACCGGCAGUAUCUGUUUGUCAACUCCAAAAAGGCACGGUACCUACAGUAUGAACUUACUUCCACCGAAUCCGGCACACUGCAGACGACGCUGGUGCGCGACUUCACCGGCGGCUCAGGCGGACAGGUCGAGGGCUGCGUUGUCGACGACCGUAACAGCUGGCUCUUCCUGGGCGAGGAGCCGCGCGCUCUGUGGCGGUACGGCGCCGAGCCUGACGAUGGCACUGAGGGACUGGAAAUUGCUGUCGUCGGUGAUGGCAAAAUCAACGCCGAGGUGGAGGGUGUGACGCUGGUUGAGGGCAAAACUCCCGAAGAGGGGUACAUUUUGGUGUCGAAUCAGGGCGUCAGCUCGUAUGCCGUCUACCGACGGGCUGAGCCGCACGAAUACGUUGCUACUUUUGCCAUCGUAGCAUCAGCAGACGGGAAGAUCGAUGCCGUUUCCAACACUGACGGGAUCGCCGCGGUGGGAGCUGGGUUGGGACCCAACUUCCCUCAUGGAUUAGUUGUUGUGCACGAUGAUGCCAAUGAGCUGCCUGAGGGAGGUACUAGUGCUGAGGCGAGUUUCAAGAUGGUUAGUUUGGAGAAAAUUUUUGGAGGGCCUUUGAAGGAGCUCAACUUGCUCGAUCAUGUCGACGCAAACUGGGAUCCGCGCACGUAA